AUGGCCCAACCAACCGAGCCCCUACCCCUUCAGCCCGCGGACGUGAUCUCCGAGGCGACGCAAGCCAUCGACAAUGCUAGCGCAGAACUCCGCAAGUUAAGCCUAGAGAUCUUCCACAACCCCGAAACCGCCUUCCAAGAAACCAAAGCCAGCAAACUCCUAUCCGACUGGCUCGAACAGCGCGGCUGGACCGUCACGCCAAACGUCUACGGCAUCGAAACCGCCUUCGAAGCGCGCUUCUCCGUCCGAGAAGGCGGCCGCACCGUCUGCUUCAACGCCGAAUACGAUGCUCUGCCCGGCGUGGGACACGCCUGCGGCCACAACCUCAUCGCCACCUCGACGCUCGCCUCCGCCGUGGCCGUCGAGACGGUCCUCAAGUCGCGCAACCUAGCAGGCACGGUCGUCGUCAUGGGAACACCAGCCGAGGAAUCGUACGGCGGGAAGUGGAUCAUGGCGAAGAAUGGCGCGUGGCGGGGGUACGACGCCUGCGUGAUGACGCACGGGAUGCCGGAUUUCAGCACCCCCGUGUGCAUGACCAAGGCGUCCUGGAAGCUGCGGGCCAAGUUCCACGGCAAGGCGGCGCAUGCGGCGGGGGCGCCGUGGACGGGGCGGAAUGCGUGCGAUGCGAUCGUGCAGGCGUACACAGGGAUCGCACUGCUCAGGCAGCAUAUCGAGAAGAGUGAGAGUAUCCAGGGGUGUAUUCUCGAGGCGGGAAAGGUCCCGAAUCUCAUCCCGGCCUACGCGGAGGGGCUGUUCAGUGUGCGGGCGCCGACGGUGAAGCAGAUUGAGGCACUCAGGCAGAGGGUCGAGCCGAUCUUUCAUGGCGCGGCGGGUGCAACCGGGUGCACGGUGGAACUGGACUGGUUCGCGCUUUACGAGGACGUCGUGACCAACGAGACGCUUGCGGAGCAGUACCGGCAGUAUAUGAUCCAGCACCUCGGUCUGACUCCUGAGGAGAUGUUACCGGUUGCAGAAGCGAAGACAGUCCACGAUCUGGGUGGCAGCUCGGACUUUGGCAGCUGCUCUUACAUCUGCCCCGGCAUUCAAGCGGUCUUCAACAUCAAUGCGACAGAUCUGCCCCAUUCGACUGGAUUCCGCGAAGCAGCGGAAAGCGAAAAGGGCCAUGAAGAGGCGCUCCGCGCGGGAAAGGCCAAUGCGCUAAUCUGCAUCGAUGUCCUACUCAACGAUGUAUUUGCUUCCCAAAUGAAGGCGGAGUUCAGCCGUGCGAUGGAGACAGCUGGUCGAUCGAAGUAG